AUGAAAGCGCUUCUGGACUUCUACAGCACCACCCAGGGUAGUACAGCCUUGGAGGACUAUUUAUCGCUGCUUGAGGAGCGGAAGUUUGUUAUCGACCGGGGAGAUCUUGUCCUCAACCCUAUCGACGACCUAGUUUACAAAUGCCUUUUGCUCUCUAAUCCUACCCCAUAUCUCAUGGUACACGUCCUGAAGCAUCUUAAUGAUAUUCUAGGGUUUGCAAAGCCGACCCCGAUGAUGUCAAAGAUUGGCUCCGCAAAUAUGAUACUGGUGGUACUAACCCUGCUCCAACUUUUGGCCCAGUGCCUGGCCCCACUCCUGUAUCUUCGCCUUCAGCCGCAUUCGAAGAAGGCAAUUCUCGGACGUAUAUCAUUACCGGCCCCCCUAACUCCAGACAAGGGGGACUGCACUUCGUUUGAUGACUUGGUCCAGUUUCCCUCCAAGGCUGCUAGGCUUAGAGAUCAUACGAAGAUUACCGUAUGGCAUAACAAUGAUGCACCUUAUCCCAUGAUUGAGCGAUACGAGAUCGUCUUCUCCAACCCGCCCUUGACAACUGCAAAUCCCCCCAGCGCAUAUAUCAUCGCCCUUCAGUACCCUAAGCUUCAGCGCGGGUGA